AAUUCCCUAUAUAAAGGGAUGUUUUCUACGUUUACAACCAGAUCCAAUCUAAUUUACCUAUCCUAAACACUCGCGAUUAUAAAUCGGUCUGUCGACAUGAGAGUCCUGGUUUGCUUGCUGUUUAUCUCGGUGGCGUUUGCCGCAGAGGAAAAAGCAGCGGACAAGAAUGUCCAAAAACGUGGUUUGGUUGGCUUCAGUCUGGGAGGAUGGGAUGGUGGUCUCGGUGGAUAUGGACAUGGUGCAUAUGGUGGAUAUGGUGGAUAUGGUGCACUUGAUGGUGGCCAUGGAUGGGCUAACGAUCACGCCAAAGUCAUUACUAAGACCAUUGUCACCACUGUGCCAAAACCUGUUGCAGUUGCCGUCCCAGUUGACCGCCCAUACCCCGUAAAGGUCCCAGUUGCUGUUCCAGUGCCGCAGCCCUACCCCGUGGUUCACACAAAGACAGUCCAUGUCCCUGUUGACAGACCUGUCCAUGUUCCAUAUCCAGUGAAGGUUCCAGUCCAUGUCCCAGCUCCCUAUCCAGUUAAGGUCGCCGUCCCUCAUGCAGUUCCUGUCGCUGUUCCCGUUCUUGUCAAGAGUCACGGACACGGUGGCUGGUAAAACUGGAGUCACUAAAUAGAUGAAUUUUUUUUGUAAUUUCAAAAAAUCACUCAUUCCACCUCAAAAACUACAUAAUCUCAUCCAGCGUCGCGUCCAUCGUGAUGUUGUCUUCAACCAAAAUACUCUUACUUGUAAUGAUAGCGUUGAAUGCAAACUUUUGAAAAUAAAUCGUUCUUACAUUCUUUUCUAAAUAAAAUUAUCUCCAUGAUCUCA